AUGGAGCUGCCUCCCCGAGGGCGGGCGCCGCUGGACUCGCCGCUGGACAGCUGCUCCCUGACCUCGCUGGACUCCAGCGUUUUCUGCAGCGAGGGUGAAGGGGAGCCCCUGGCGCUCGGGGACUGCUUCACGGUCAACGUGGGCGGCAGCCGCUUCGUGCUCUCGCAGCAGGCGCUGUCCUGCUUCCCGCACACGCGCCUUGGCAAGCUGGCCGUGGUGGUGGCCUCGUGCCGCCGCCCCGGGGCCCUGGCCGCCGUGCCCAGCCCCCUGGAGUUCUGCGAUGAUGCCAACCCCGUGGACAACGAGUACUUCUUCGACCGCAGCUCGCAAGCAUUCCGCUACGUCUUGCACUACUACCGCACCGGCCGCCUGCACGUCAUGGAGCAGCUGUGCGCGCUCUCCUUCCUUCAGGAGAUCCAGUACUGGGGCAUCGACGAGCUCAGCAUCGACUCCUGCUGCAGGGACAGAUACUUCAGAAGAAAGGAGCUGAGUGAAACGUUAGACUUUAAGAAGGACACAGAAGACCAGGAGAGUCAACAUGAGAGUGAACAGGACUUCUCCCAAGGACCUUGUCCCACUGUCCGUCAGAAGCUCUGGAACAUCCUGGAGAAACCUGGAUCUUCCACAGCUGCUCGAAUCUUUGGGGUCAUCUCCAUCAUCUUUGUGGUGGUGUCCAUCGUCAACAUGGCCCUGAUGUCAGCUGAAUUAAGCUGGCUGGACCUGCAGCUGCUGGAAAUCCUGGAAUAUGUGUGUAUUAGCUGGUUCACCGGGGAGUUUGUCCUGCGCUUCCUGUGUGUGCGGGACAGGUGCCGCUUCCUGAGAAAGGUGCCAAACAUCAUCGACCUCCUUGCCAUCUUGCCCUUCUACAUCACUCUUCUGGUGGAGAGCCUGAGUGGGAGCCAGACGACACAGGAGCUGGAAAAUGUGGGGCGCAUUGUGCAGGUUUUGAGGCUGCUCAGGGCUCUACGCAUGCUAAAGCUGGGCAGACAUUCCACAGGAUUACGCUCACUCGGGAUGACAAUCACCCAGUGUUACGAAGAAGUCGGCCUACUGCUCCUAUUUCUGUCUGUGGGAAUUUCUAUAUUUUCCACGGUGGAAUAUUUUGCUGAGCAAAGCAUUCCUGACACAACCUUCACAAGUGUCCCUUGUGCAUGGUGGUGGGCCACGACAUCCAUGACUACUGUGGGCUACGGGGACAUUAGACCUGACACCACCACAGGCAAAAUCGUGGCCUUCAUGUGUAUAUUAUCAGGAAUCCUUGUCUUGGCCUUGCCUAUUGCUAUUAUUAACGACCGCUUCUCCGCUUGCUAUUUCACCUUAAAGCUCAAGGAAGCAGCCGUUAGACAGCGGGAAGCUCUGAAGAAGCUCACCAAGAAUAUAGCCACUGAUUCAUAUAUCAGUGUUAACUUGAGGGAUGUCUAUGCCCGGAGUAUCAUGGAGAUGCUUCGGUUAAAAGGCAGAGAAAGGGCAAGUACUAGGAGCAGUGGGGGAGAUGAUUUCUGGUUUUGA